AUGAUAAUCCGUCACCCAGCAUCCCGCAUGCAGAGUAUUUCCCACACUUGGGAAUCUGCUACCAGUUGCAGUUGCUUCGCCAUCUUUUACAUAUAUGAAGACUAUAACUCACCAUUUGGAAAACACCACAAGGGUGCAGAACGGCAGAAUGCAGACCGUGAGUGCGUUCCUCAGAAUACCUGGGACUACGCUCUUCGGGCACAAGAGGAAGAAGGUGGCCUGGGUGCCUGCCUGGAUUUUUGCCAGGCUCAAGAUGCCGUGCUGAUUAUGAGGCUUCUGGCCGACUUUGUUAGUACAAAAAAGCUGAGUGCUAAUUCUAGAUGCACGGGUGAGAUUUUUUCCCAAGCCUUGCCGAAGCUGGAAGGCCUUCCCCGGCCCGCAGCGGAGCGCACCCGGGGGCUGCGCUACACGCACUGCAGCGUGCGGGAGCAGGGCCGCGCCUGGCCCCGCGCCGCGGCGGCGGGAGGCCGAGAGCCCUUCCAGGACCUGAGCCGGCUGCAGGAGACGUGGCUCACGGAAGCUCAGGUUCCAGACAGCGAUGAGCAAUUUGUGCCUGACUUUCAUUCAGAAAACCUAGCUUUUCACAGUCCUCCUGCUAAGAUUAAAAAGGAGCCGCAGAGUCCCUCCUCGGACCCCACCCUGUCCUGCAACCAUCAGCAGCCAUUCCAGUACCACAAUGGCGAGCAGUGCCUUUACGCCAGUGCCUACGAUCAACCCAGACAAGCUGGAAUCAAGUCCCCCAACCCCGGAACCCCGAUACAGUCACCGCUCCAACAGCUCCCUAGACAGGACAGGAGCUUCCUGACCCCUGCGGGGCCACCCCCCCCCACCUCCAGCUGCGGAUACCUCAGCGAGAACAGCUCUGCGUACCAGCCACCCGUGGAGAUGUGCCGUUCCUUCCCCUCCUCCCGGGGCAUGGCCCAGGACGACCCCGCUGCCUACCAGCGCCCGAUGUCCGAGCCCUGCCUCCAGUACCCUCACCAGGGCUUCAAACAGGAGUACCACGACCCGCGCUAUGAGCACGCAAGCCGGGCGGGCAGCAGCCGUCAGUACCCAGCAGCCGUGGCGAUCAAGCAGGAGCAGGUGGACUACGUGUAUGACUCAGAUGUUCCUGGCUGUCCUUCCAUGUACAUAAAUGUUGAGAGUUACCCAAGCCAUUCAAAUACAGAAGACACAUUAGGCUGCAGCUAUGACAAGCAGAUGAGGCCCUUCACUGAUGAUGUCUGUGUCGUUCCAGAAAAAUUUGAAGGAGACCUCAAGCAGGAAGCCGGAGGGUACCGGGAAGGGCCUCCGUACCAGAGACGGGGAUCUCUCCAGCUCUGGCAGUUUCUUGUGGCUUUAUUGGAUGAUCCGACCAAUUCCCACUUCAUUGCCUGGACUGGUAGAGGGAUGGAGUUCAAGCUCAUUGAGCCAGAAGAGGUGGCCAGGCUGUGGGGCAUCCAAAAGAACCGUCCAGCCAUGAACUACGACAAGCUGAGCCGAUCCCUUCGCUACUAUUACGAGAAAGGCAUCAUGCAGAAGGUGGCCGGAGAGCGCUACGUGUACAAGUUUGUGUGUGAGCCUGAAGCCUUGUUCUCUCUGGCCUUCCCUGAUAACCAGCGACCAACUCUGAAGGCAGAGUUUGACCGGCAGAUCAGCGAGGAGGACACAGUGCCUCUUUCUCACCUGGAUGAGAGUGCCGCUUAUCUGCCGGACCUUGGGAGCCUCCCUCCACAGCUUUACAGCAAAGGCUACACAUACUAGCACUGCUGGGAGCACACUGCGCCGCCCCUGCUUGUGUAUAUAAGGAGAUGUCUGGUUAGUACUCAAUCAGUAUAAGCACUUUUCCAGGCCAGCCCAGGGCGGCACUAAACUAUGAAUACCUGCUUUGGUCAGGAGAA